AUGGAACCUUUGGCAACAACCAUUCGUUUCCUCACGCUGAACUGCCGAACACUAUCCAGUGAACUCCAACAAGCCGCUCUAUCCACACUUCUGCGAUAUCUCUGUAUGCCUUUUGCUGCAUUGCAGGAAACACGCAUGAGAGAUCGGCCUGUCAUCAGCAUCGAAAAUUACACCAUAUACUGCGGCGAUGCUGAUGAGAACAAAGUAGGUGGCUGCGCGAUAGCUGUGAGGAACGAUUACACGAACCUGGUGAAGGAAUUUGGUUCAACGUCGUCUAGAUGCGCCUUUCUACGACUGCGGGAUCGCAGAGGACGUAAACUCUCGAUCGUAAGUGCUCACGCACCUACGAAAGCCGAUGAGGACAACAGUGGUCACUUCGGAAUCGACGCAAAUGCGAAGAUGAGACUUGAACAGCCAUCCGACGUGCUAGGAAAAUGGUAUUAUCCAGCGGAGCGCACGUCGGACAACGGUAACCGUCUGGCCGACUUCUGCGAACAGACGGUCACCGUUGUCAACAGACUGGCCUCAUCAUCGCUUCCACGUUUAAGAGGAAUCAUCGACGCCAUCAGCUCACGUGGCAGGGGUCAACCCUUUUAA